ACUAUUCAUUAGAAGUUUAUAAAAGUAUCAAAGAUUUUCUGUUCGGUGAAGACAUAACAUGUGAAAAAUGACGGAGGAUAAUUUUUUUAAUUUGUUAAAGCGGACUUUUCCGCAAAUGCUAGCCGCUAUUUCUGGAACCCUAUUUGCAAUAUCAGAUGGUAUGACAUAUGGUUGGAGUGCUCCCUAUAUCCCUUAUUUAAUUAGCGAAAUUAGUCACAUAGAAACCAAUAUACAUGAAGCCGAAUUGCUGGAAACCUGCUUUCUAAUGGGAUCCUUCUGUGGUUUACCACUUACCAUAUACCUAGUAGACAAAAUUGGUAGAAAAAAGUCAUUGCUGUUAGCAUCGUUUGUUGUACUACUCGCAUGGAUUGCAAUAGGAGUAGCCACCAAUAUGAUCUAUCUGUUCGUAGCAAGAUUUUUUUGCGGAAUGUGCGGAAACAUGGCAUUUGUUGCUGCUCCGUGUUAUAUUGCAGAGAUAGCAGAUUCAAAAAUAAGAGGAUUUUUAAGUAGUAUUAUCUACGUUAUGAUGUUAUUAGGUUGCUUGAUAGUUUAUUCUGUGGGGCCCUAUUUGCCGUUUUACGUACCCUGCAUUAUUGGUGGUUCAGUAGCAAUUGUAGAACUACUAGUAUUUUCUAGAAUGCCUGAAAGUCCAUUAUAUUUACUAUCAAAGAAUAAACCUGAAGAAGCCCUGGAUUCAAUAAAAUUCUUUAAACCAUACUGUGAUGCGGACAAAGAAUUACAAGAAAUAUCUGAACUUUUAGAGAACCAGUUAAAAGAUAAGGGAAGAUUUGUAGAUAUAUUUACAGUGUCUAGUAACCGAAAAGGUUUAAUAAUUAUGACUGUGUUAAAUGCUGGCCAACAUCUAUGUGCUUACUCUGUGAUCUUGAUGAAUUUACAUACAAUUUUGGAUGCCGCUGGUACAAACUACAUGGAUAGUGCGCAUGCUGCCAUUCUUUUUGCAGCUUUGAUGUUGAUAUCAACAAUUUUCGCUUCAACUCAAAUGGAUAAUUAUGGAAGAAAAGCUCUGCUUAUAUUUUCAAGUAUACUUACAGGCAUAUGCUUACUUUGUGUUGCAGUUUACUUUAAUUUACAGCACAUGGGUUAUAAUAUGUUAACUUUCAGUUGGGUGCCAAUUGUGUCCGUAAUGGUAUACGCGUUGGUGUUUAAAAUUGGUGUAGGUAUAGUACCAAUAGUAGUUACAGCUGAAAUUUUUCCCACUAACCUUAAGGCUUUAGGAAUGACCUUAUCUGAUUCUAUGUUCAUAAUUGGUGGGAUAAUCGCUAUUAAUUUCUAUCAAGCUGUAGCUAAUGAUUUUGGUAUUCAUAUUCCCUUUUAUGUAUUUGGUUGUUUUUCAUUGUUUGUUACUUUCUUUACUAUAUUUUUUAUACCUGAGACCAAGGGAAAAACUUUGGAGGAAAUUCAGAUACUGUUGAAAGGAGAAAAGCCUAAAAGUGUAAUUGAAACACCUACUGCUUAAAAGAAGAGUUAAAAUGUCCAAUUUUUUUGAGAAAUUGUCGUAAUUUGGCUGAUAACUUUGUUUCGUUCAAAAGAAAUUUUGUUUUGAAAGUUUUCGGUAACUGAAUAUUCAGAAAAAUGAAGUUAGACAUUUUGAGUGAGAUAAAUGAAACAGACGAUCACUUCCCUAUAUUUUUAUGUCUUUAUCUUAUUAUUAAGUUUAAUUUAUAUUAACAAGAAGAUUCUGGGAUCUUUAAAAUAUAUUUGGUUUAGCUUCACCUUGAGUGUAUCGUGCUCUUUAACCCAUGAAUGCAAUUAUUGGUAAUUUAAGUACUUAACCUAAUUCAGGUAAAAAAAUAAGGUUGAGAUAUGGUGAUAUUACUCACAACCUUGUUAGUAUCUGUAAGGCCAAAAAUUAUUCAAUAAAAUAGUAAACAUAACGAAACAGCAUUUGAAUUUAAAAUUUAUAUAUAUAAAAAAAAACAGAAAAUAUGUAUUAAAGACAAUGUAGUACUUAUAUGAAAUAUUAAAGUACUCUACUACAGUUAAAUGUGACCAACCUACAUCAAAAUCUAAUAUGAAAAAUGAAGAAUAAAAAAUAGAAGGAAGAGAAGAAAAUAGGACGAUACCAACAACAAGAUUAAAGAGCAAGGCUUAGGCAAAACAAUAUUUUAAAUAUUUCUAUAGUUUAUUUGAAAAUUUUUAUGACCCAGGAAAUAAACCCCAAUAUAACAUCAUAAAUCAGUGACGAAGAAUUUCUAAAAUAAAAUGUUUAGAAUUAUUUGUUAUAAAUUCAAAUCUUUGAAUUUUUUCCUAAAAUUUUUAAACAUGCCUUUUUAUUUCAAUUCUUUUCUUAAAUUUUCUAGUUAUUUUAUUCAACAAAAAUAUGUUUAAGUUAGUAAUUUCUACAGGUAAAAAAUAUUUUCAAUUUAAGAUCAAUUUAAGUUACCCUCAACUUUUUUAGAAAGGAUUAAAAUUUAUAUUUGGACAGAAAGUGUUAUUCAGAUUUUAAUUUAUUUUAGUUAAGAUUUACAUUUCUGCUUGUAUAUUCUUGUGAUUGUAAUACGCAUAAUUGUUAGUUCUGUAUUAAUAAGCGAUAAAAAGCGAUAUUAAUUAAGUGGAUGUGUGCAAUAAAAAUGGUACAAACAUCUAUUUAUACUCCUGCAUUAAAGUGCAAUUUAACUGAGUAUAUGAAAACUUUACUGUUAAAUGUAAAUGACGCUCUUGUACAUGAACAUUUCAAUAGUACUCUUUGGAGUAUAGUUUUUAAGUCUUCAAAUAUGACCGGAGUUGGACAAGCAACCAUUUAUAGAUUUUUAAAGCAACGAAAGGAUGAAAAUAUUACAGUAGCACCUAAAACGUCAACUGGAAAAAACCUCAUUUAAAUAGAAGGUACCAUGAAACAACUGAUCCAAAGAAAAGUGCAUUUGCUUUAUUUACAAAAAGAUUUACCUACUUUGGAUAAACUUUUACUAGACAUUAACGAAGACGAAACAUUGCUAAACGUAAAAGAGACAAAUUAUGAAAAACUUUACAUGAAUUAGACUUCGUUUGGGAGAUGUACUAUAAAAAAUCUGCGCUCAUAAAAAAGAAAUUAUUUGUUGGAAGAGGCAAUAUUUAAGGGAAAUUGGAAAAUUAGGAAGAGAAGACAAAAAUAUUUUUUAUUUGGUUGAAACAUGGAUAAAUGAAGGACAUUUUGUAAAAAAAGUUUGGCAAGAUAGGCUACAAAUGUUAUUAGACAUUUAUAGAAGGAUUGUCUACUGGCUUAAAACUUCCAAAUGGUAUGUUAUGGUAUGUUGGGAAUGGGGUGUUAAUACACUGCGACCUAAAAGAUCUAUUGUGCUUCCUUCUUUCGCUAAUACACAAAGGAAAUGUUUCAAUUUUUAUGACGACCCUUCCAAUCCUAUCUUCUCAAGGAAAUGUAGGAUUUGGAGUGGCUUUACGUUUGGUAAAUCUUCUUCUUCUAUUGAUAUCCUCCUAGGUAUGGUACCCUUGUAUUCUGGAGUGCUACACAUUUAGUUAGAAUGUGACUGGAAGUGUCGUCCUCCUCCUCCUCACAGAAUCUGCACUCACUAUACUCUACUACUCUGUUUACUAAGGUAUCCUUUUAGUCCGCAAUGCCCGGUAAGGAUCCCUGUUACAAUACGUAGCCUGUUCUUGCUCGGGCAGAUGCAGGCUUCUGAUCUUUCCUGGUUAUAUUCACUCAGAAGUAUCUUAGCCUGCCUCAGUCCCCAGAGGUUCUUCUACUGUCCAAUUCUUUUAUAAUAUGUCCUAAUAUUAGGUGAUACCGCAGAACGACUCAGGUCCUACAAAGGGUGUUUGAGUCCCUUUCCUUGCAAGACUAUCUUGUUAGCCUGUACCCCGUUAUGUAAUUCUGUAAUAGUUAUGGACAAUGCCAGUUACCAUUUAAGAUUAAAGGAACCGUUACCUAACAAUAAAUGGAAAAAG